AUGUCGAAAUCGCUUUUAGGUAGCGUGUACGUGACGUACCCACCGACCAUCGCGUCGGUUCGAGCGAUCAAACCUCGCGUGAGUUUUACACUCUCUAAAAACAACACACGCGUCGGUCUGUACCAUCUCCCGUUUCUCGCGUUACUGGUGUAUUUCUUUCGCGAGUGUUACGAGACGAGCGGGAAACCGUACCGAAUUGCGAUGGAACAUCACAAGAGUCAAGGGUACGAACCGACGGAGUUCGUGGACGGGAAGUUGGUGACGAAGAAGAGUGGAUUUGGGGGAGGAGACGAUGGGAUGAUGACGAAGCAAAAGUUUGAAGUGAAGGACGAGUGGGCGACCGAGGACGAUGGAUUUGGCGGCUUCGAGGAGGAGGAGGAAAAGGAGGUGAAAAAUGGAGCGGAGGAACCAUCUGGAGAAGCAUCAGCUUCGUCAGUAUUCAAGAACGGAUUGUUAGGAGAGGAUCUGUCGUCGGUGAACCAAACGGUGACGUACGAGAUUCCUCCGACGUUGCCCGCGUGGUGGUUGCCGGACUUUGUCGCGGUGAUUAAGUUUGCUUCGGUCGCGUUCGCGCACGCGUUGAUCAUGUUCGCGCAGCACUGGUCGGUCAGAGUGAGACGGUUUUUCCGGUAUCGCAACGCUACGGAGGUGGACGAGGAUACGUAUUUGGAAAUCAUGCCGCACGCGCACCAAGGGAAACCGGAGAUUACGAAGAUGCGUUUGCUGAGUUCGGUGAGUAAAGAGGACGGGUUUACGUACACGUCGACGUUGUGGUGCACGUUUCAAAGGCAACGGUACGAGUACGUGGAGGUGGAACGAGACGCGAAGAGCGGCAAGGCGAGAGGAGAGUUGAGAGAGUUGACCUGUCCGGUGGAUUUACCGAUUUCGAGUUACUUCAAAAAGACCGCGACUGGAAUGGCGCCGGAUGAAAUCGAGGAUUGUAUGAAUCGGUACGGCGAUAAUUGUUUGCACGUGGAGUUGCCGACUUUUAUGGAAAUGUUCAAGGAACAAUUGACCGGACCAGUGACGGUGUUUCAAAUGUUCACGUGCAUGCUUUGGUUGAUGGACGAGUAUUGGAAGUACGCCCUGUUCAACAUGUUGUCGAUGUUGAUUUUCGAAGCGACGACGGUGUUUUCCAGGAAGAGGAACAUUACGGCGUUGAGAGGCAUCGCGGUGAAAACUGGCAGAAUUUACGCGUUUAGAAAUAACAUCUGGGAGGACCAUUCGACGGAAGAUUUAGUUCCCGGAGAUAUAGUCAGCGUGAAGAGACAGCCGGAAGGUGAAACGACCAUUCCGUGCGAUUGCUUGAUUUUGCAAGGCUCGGCGGUGGUGAACGAAGCGUCUUUGACCGGCGAAUCGGUACCGCAAAUGAAGGAGGCGAUCUCGUACGACGAUAAAGAAGACGCGAGGUUGGACAUCGAGGAUCUUCACAAAACGCACGUGUUAUCCUCCGGAACGACUUUAAUGCAACAGUCUUCGGAUAGUAGUAGUAGUAUUAAUGGGCCGGUAAAAGUGCCGCCGACGCCGGACGACGGGUGCGUGUGCUACGUUUUGCGAACUGGGUUUUCUUCCACGCAAGGUAAGUUAAUGCGCAUGAUGGAGUUUUCUUCGGAGCAAGUCACCGGAGAUACCAAAGAAACGAUGAUUCUGUUGUUCAUUUUGUUGGUUUUCGCGUGCAUGGCUUCGUAUCACGUCUUCACGGUUGGCAUGAAGGACGGCAAACGUUCGCAGUACGAGUUAGUGUUGAGAUGUAUUUUAAUUUUGACAUCUGUCGUGCCUCCGGAACUUCCCAUGCAAACUGCCAUGGCGGUGAACACAGCACUUUUAGCGUUGAUGAAAUCGGGCGUGUAUUGCACGGAACCGUUUCGAGUACCGAUGGCGGGGAAGAUUGAUUCGUGCUUAUUCGAUAAGACCGGGACGAUUACUUCGGAUAAACUUGUCGCUGUUGGUGUCGUAGACGCGUCGGAUUUGAGUAAAAAUAUGUCGUCGGCGCAAAUUGCCACGCCGAUCGAGUGCUCGAAAACGUCCGCGAUCAUCAUCGGCGGGUGUCAUUCUUUAGUCCAAAUCGAUGGGAAAACGUACGGCGAUCCGUUGGAGCAAGCUGCCUUGUUCGCCGCCAAAUGGGAGUACGAUCCGAAAUCGAGUAAAUCGAAACCGAAAUUUUCCGAGGAGAUCAAGAAACGAACGUGGAAAGGUACCCCGAGCGCCAAAAUUUUAGCGCGCAAUCACUUUGCGAGUUCGUUACAGCGCAUGUCCGUCGUCGCCACCGUUCAGCAAAAUGAAGGCGAAAACGAACAAACGUGGGCGCUGGUGAAAGGAUCGCCGGAGAAAAUUGCUACGCUGUUGAAGAGUAAACCGGAUGGGUUCGACUCGCAAUAUCGCACGUUAGCGGAAAAAGGUAUGCGCGUGAUUGCGCUCGCGCACAAAGUGUUAUCACCUGGGGAUUCGAAAAGAGUCAACGACGCGAAAUCGCCGUUAUCUCGAGACGAAGUCGAAUGCGAUUUGGAAUUUGCCGGAUUUUUAGCGUUUGCCUGUCGCGUUCGAACGGAUUCGGAAGAAGUUAUCAACGCGCUCAUCGCUUCGAGUAAUCGCGUCAUGAUGGCGACUGGGGACGCUACCUUAACCGCCCUUCACGUCGGGAACGAAGUUGGCAUCGCGAAAGGAGGGUUAGCCGGCGCGGCAGUGCUCGAGCUCGAGCAAUCGAACAACAAAAGUGGUGGCAGUCUUCGAUGGGUCUCCGCGAAGAGAGAUAAAGAUGGAGGCAUUCAAGUCAUCGGGAGUUACAAAGAUUUGAGCAUUCCACAAUUGGCUCAGAAGUAUUCGUUGUGCGUCACCGGGGAGAGCUUGAACGCGGCCAGCUAUGCCGCGACGACGACGACGGAGAGCGGCACUUCAUCAGAAAGCGAGCUUUGGGAUUACUUGGAUUCUGUGUCUAUCUUUGCCAGAAUGUCUCCGGACGAUAAAGAGAGGGUCUUGAAACGUUUGAAACAACAGAGGAGACACACGUACAUGUGCGGCGAUGGUGCGAACGACGUCGGCGCGUUAAAACAAGCGCACGUCGGCGUCGCGCUCCUCUCCGGCUUUGGGUCCGCAAACACAAAGAAAUUGAAACAAGAAGGCGGCGACGAGAGUAAAGGAGAAGAAGAAGGCGACGGAGAAAAAGGUAAAAAGCUCGCCAAGGCGGAAACGUUCCAAGAGAAGAUGCAAAGAGUGAAAGAGCAAGCGGAAAAAGUGAAGAAGGCGAAAAUGGAGGAGAAAAUCGCGCAGCAAAAAGACACGAAAGAACUCCAAGCGUUGCAAAAAGUCUGGUUCGAGGAAGAGUUCAAGGAAAGAAUGGCGCGAGGCGAAAAGUGGGCGCAGUUUACCGCCAUGAAAAAUUCUACGCAACUAAUGAUUCGCGAAUCAAAACGCAGAGCGAUGGAAAGAGCUAAGGCAAGACAAGGCGGACAAGGCGGUAAAGCGCCGAGCAUGAGCGACAUGAUGCAAAACUUGGACGAUUUAGACGGCGAACUUCCGCAAGUGAAACUCGGCGACGCUUCCAUGGCGGCUCCGUUCACGUCUCGCUUACCGACCAUUCGGUCUGCGGUAGAUAUUAUUCGACAAGGCAGGUGCACGUUGGUGUCCUCGAUUCAAAUGCAGCAAGUGCUCGUGUUAUCUUGUUUGAUUUCCGCGUUUUCGUUGUCGGUGUUGUACACCGACGGCAUUCGAUCUUCGGACAAUCAAAUGAUGGCGAGCGGUUUGUGUUUAACCGCGGCAGGUUUAGCGUUUUCGUACGCCACCCCAGUGCACACGCUAUCCCCUGUUCGACCGUUGCGCUCCAUCUUUCACCCGGCGUUAUUCUUGUCCAUCGUAGGCCAACUCGUCAUCCACGUCUUUGUGAUGAACUACGCCACAGAGUUGGUCCACGCGGCGACAGGUGAGAAAGCCGCGUUCCCUGAGGCGAUUCCAAUCGCGAAAGUUUCCGAAGAAGAGAAGAAAAACGCGAGCGAAGCGCAGAGAUCGUUCUGGGAACAAGGCCCGCCGUUUGAGCCGUGUUUGUUAAACACGGUCAUCUUUCUCAUCGAAACCGUUCAACGCGUCUGCGUCAUGCUCGUCAACUAUAAAGGCAGACCGUUCAUGAUGGGUUCCUUGGAGAACAAAACUUUGUUGCUCUCCUUAGCAGCUUUGUUCAUUGGUUCGUUCAUGGCAGCCUUCGAAGUCGUUCCGUAUUUGAACAACAAGUUACAGUUCGUCUCCAUGCCGGACGACGCGUUUCGAUACAAAGUUUUAGGUCUCUUACUCUUCACCGUCGUCGGCACGUACGGUUGGGACACGUUGUGCCAAUUUGUUUUUGCCAGAGAAAUUCUUCUCCAAGGCUACAGAGACUCUUGGAACGUGUUACCGAAAGACCCGAAGUAUUUAGAAUUUAUGGCGCGACGAGUAUUCGUCAUGUGUGGGAUUGGAUAUCUGUACAUGAUUACCGACGGGUCAGGUUUCGUCCUGGUCGCGGGCUAUUACGCGUACAAGAAGGGCGCGUUUUAA